GGGAAGAAAAACCCAGGGCACCGCGUGAGUGCGGCUGUUGGUGCCCAUCGACGACCCCGAGAAGGUGAUCUGCGUGGGGCUGAAGUACCGCGACCGCUGCCUGGAGCAGGACGUCAAGGUGCCCACGGAGCCCCUCAUGGUCAGCAAGUUCCCCAGCGCCAUCGCCGGGCCCCAGCCACCCGCCCAGAGACCCCGCUCCCUCACCUGCGGGCAGCCAACAGCUCGCCGCUCUCCAGGAAGGCCCGCAUGGAGCGGGGCAGGGCGGGCUCGGCCUCGCUGAGGUCCACCACGUCCCCGCCCUCCUUCUCCUCUCCUUCUUUCUCCUUUUCCUUCUUCUCCUUCCCCUCCUCCUCCUCCUUCUCCUCCUCCCCCUCCUCCUCCAGCCCCAGCCGGGGCCCGGCCGCCCCGGGGCCGUGGAAGCGAAGCAGGCGCAUGGCGGCGGGCAGCGCCGGGGACAGCCGGGCCGGGGCCAUCCAGGAUGUGCGCGGUGAUGACGCAACGACGGUGCGACGACGGAGGGAAAGGCCCCCGCGCGGAGUGCCUGCCCCCCUCGGCGGACCGACCAAUGGGAGCGCGGAGCAGGAGGGGCGGCCGCGGACCCGGAGCCGCCAUGAUGGCGCCGGCGCGAUGGUGGAGCUGCGGGGUUCCGUGCGGGGAAAGCGGUGCUCCGCUGCCCCACGUCCCCGCCGCCGCCUGCCCCGUGCCUCGGGGGUGCCGGGCGGUCAGGGGAAGGCGGCGCAGGGGCACCGCCGUCGGCCCCGUCCGUCCCCCAUCAGAAUCCAGUCGGUCCUCCGGAGAGGGAACUGAGCCGUCCUCCGUCAUUGCAGUCGGGUACUGCUGGGCUGUGAGAAGCGGCGGCUGACCACAAGCAGCGGGACCCGCCCGGCCUCUGGGAGCAGCUCCUGGCUGAGCCGAGCAGCCCCGAAAGAGAGGGACUGAUCCCGCGGGUCGAGACGUGUUCAAGCCUGGCAGAGAGUCAGGCGGGCGCCUUCGGUUCUUGCUUGGCUCAAAUCAGCAGCAGCGCGUGCUGAGCUCCUGCCCCGCAGGUGGAGUCCCCAACUCCCGUUUUCCUUAUCCCGGUCUGUCCCCGUGCGGAGCUCCCGGAGCCGCGUGAAGCCGACACGGAGCCGCUUCGUGUUGGCCCCGAGGAGGGGAGCUGUGAGGGGGGAACGAUUGUUAGGAUGGAAACUGGUUGGGAAUAUGGACAUUUCUCUGCUUAUUGCUCUUUAUGUGAAAUGAUUAAAUGCUGAACAUUCGUUUUUCUACA